CGGUGCUGGCGUAGGACUUGUGAUGAUGAUGGAGGGAGUCCUCGGAAGUGCAACUCAUCGUGCUGCCACUCGAACGAAGGCUUCCGGGCGUACUUGUGACUCGCUGAUGAAUAUCCCCAGUUGA